UAUAAAAUGCGUCUGUGGUGACGUCAUACUGCGUUUUAAUUUAACUUGGAGACGAAAUCUGCGUGAGCUCAUUAGCUCACCGCUCAGCUAACAGCUGAUAGCUGAAACCCGGCGUCCGGAGUGUACAACAGAAACCCGGAGACCAGAGCCUCGGUGUCAGACACGGUAAACGACGAGCCGCUGGAUCGAACCCUCAGAAGGAACAACCAGGGUUGUCUCAGCUCCAGAAGCGCCACGGAGCAUGAAUACGACGUGGUGGACGACCAAGAGGAAGCGCUGAGGCUGCGCAUACUUCCUGCGAGGCCCAUGAACGAGGACUAUGCCGACCGAGAUCCUCUGAGGCCGUCGUCGCAGGGCCUGUCGUCGCACUUCACUGGUAACUCCAACAACCUCUGUAGAAGUCCGCGCAGAAAAGCCCCUCAUUUUGCAGCGCCUGCUGUAAACAGAGACCUGAAGCCUAGCAGAAGAAAGAUUAGAUUAGAUACGAAGUCUGUAACUGUGCAGACAGAAGAGCAGGUAAACAGCUGUACUUGUAACCAUGUAAUGUUUCUGUGCGUGUGAACUGCAUUGAUUAUAAUAACGUUUCUUUCUUUCUUUCUUCUUUUUUCCCCUCAGCACUCACACAGGUAGUAAUGACUAUUUAUGUAUAAUGACUAUUUAAGUAUAAAUCACCAGUGGAUUAUAAAAGGCCUUGGGUGUUCUUCCAGGUGCUCUCCGUCACCUCCGCCUUCUGAGCUGGACUCAGUACCCGGACUCACUCCUCACAAACCUUGCUGGAGAAAUGGACAAGAAAGGAGCACUCAAAAGAACGGGUUCAGCUCACAGGCCACGGGUCCACAGAGUCCAGAACCCGUUUCAGACCUGCACAUCAAUCAUAGAAGACACUUUCUGGAUCAGGAUACACGUCACAUAGACUCAAGGUCUCGGCGAAACCCGGAGAGGGCGCCGGAAAAACACCAUCACCACGAGUGGCCUCAAACCAAAAGAGACUUUGAUCAGCACGACUUUGUUCCAAAGGAAAAGCCACAGCAGAUGUCUUGUGAAGAAGACUGGUACAUUCGGGCUUGUAAUCGAGCAGAUGCUGAACACGCCUUGCACCUGGUGAACAAGGAUGGGGCGUUUUUGGUGCGCGACUGCUCCGUCAACACCAACAGUGAACCCUUGGUUCUGUCCGUGUAUCACGAGAAGAAGGUUUACAACGUGAAGAUUCGCUUCAUUGAGAGCGCCGGCAAGUACGUACUGGGAACCGGACAGCGAUCCAAUGACAUGUUUGACUCGGUGGCAGACAUCAUCAAGUUUCACACCAUAUUUCCGAUCAUACUCAUCAGUGGCAGAAAUCUCGGUGGGAGCAAAUAUGCAGAGAACUGUGUGCUAACAUACGCAGUAACAAGGAAGGAUGUCAACCAGCUUCUUCAGUAACAGAUCCAGUACAUAUACAUAUACACUCUGCCCUGCCACUUUAUUAGGUACAGCUUGUUCAACAGCUUGUUAAUACAAAUGUCUCAUCAGCCUUUGUAUUCUGACAUUUCAAAGGCACAUUUUGAACCACUUAAUGUAGUUGUUGCUGGUCUUAGUGUUUCUCAAACUGCUGAUCUACUAUGAUUUUCAUGCACUUUCAACUCAAGGGUUGGAAAAGCAAAAGAUAACUUAAAUAACCACUCAUUACCGCUAAAGGUAUUAAGCAAGAAAAGCUAAAAGCAGCAGAAUACCAACCUGAGUGCCACUCCUGACACUUCAUUACAGGCAUUCUGUGUGUACCUAAUAAUGAUACGGAUGAAUGCAAGAGCUGACUGUGUAUACAAAUAAGUAAUAAGUCUGAAGUGUUUGCAUGUGUCAAUAAAAUGAUUGCCAUACAAACACCAAAUUACCUAGAUGUGCCUUAAGCUUUGAAAGGAACAGGAUCCCUUUGUCAAACUCUGGUUUAAUGACAUUUAACCCUAUUUAAGCAAUAGUAAGAAUAAAAGAAUAAUAAUCUGUGAUUAAUCUAACGUGGACAAAGGAACAUACAUGGUAUAAACGGUUGUCAGAUUAAGGUGUGUAUGAUUAUAGGUCCUGGUGUUGUGCAUGUCACUUGUGGUUAAGUCAUAGUUAGUCAACACUUGUACUUGAUAUGGAAAACUGUACAAAACAAUGGUGAAGCUGUGCUGUAGUUCGCUCUUCUGACCCGAUAAGGCUUGAAAUGAUCUGUGUGCAAAGAUAAGAGAUGUUGCACAUAAUCGACGACGUA